UUUUCAUAAUAAGGAAGAACAUCCUUGGAAGAAGAGGGUGAUGAGGCUCACAUGGAAAGUACGUCCUCCAUUCGCCGUUACGAACCUGACAAGUUCAGCCUCCUUAAGCUCUCGUAGCGCCUGGCAGGUAGGCAACAUCUCGCCUGCAGCGCAUGUGUGUACUGCGGGGUGGCCUACCCCGAGUCUCACAGGCGCCGAGCUCCCGCAAUUUGCCGAAUAAACUAUGUAAAAACCGGACGUACUUUCUGGACGAUCCCAGACCCGCUAACCCAUGCCCAUGGAGUUAGAGAUCAUGGGAUUUCGAUUUCUCUCCCCAGGGCGUCCAUGGGAUUUCGGAAUGGGCCACGACGUCGCUUCACGCGUGCGUCCGGGCCGACCUUCAGGGGAAGAGAGUCAUUCCAGAGAAGCCUCAGGUGGACAUGUGGCAUUGCGCUUGUCGCGGGGAGCAAGAAGUGGCGUGGCGUAGCGUAGCGCCCCCACUCGCACCCCCGCCGGCGCGUGGGAGGCCAGGCCCGCCCGGGAGGGGGCGCUUCUUUGGUGCAAUGCGUCCUCCUCCUAUCGCCAAAUAGGCGGCGUAUAAAUACGGCGGCCGAAUCAGAUCAGAGCAUCAGUCCGAGCACCGCAGCGGCAUCGGCAGCAGGUGCAGCAGCAGCAGCAGGAGGACCCGACGCAGGAUUUUUCGCUCGCAGGAUUCGACAAAAAGAGGAGCAUCAGUCGAUCAGUGCGUCAGGAAUCAUGAUACUUAAGCUGUCCGCCCUGCUGGCGGUGGUGCUGGCCGUCGCCGUGGUGGCCGAGCCCCCCAGCAGCUCGUACGGCGCGCCCAGCCGGCAGAAGCAGCCCAGCUCGCGGUACGGCGCGCCCAGCAGGCAGCCGUCCUCGUCGUACGGAGCACCGUCCUCGUCCUACGGAGCACCCUCGUCUGGAGGUUUCGGCGGCGGCUUUGGCGGCGGCUCGUCGCCUUCCUCGAGCUACGGCGCCCCCUCGUCCAGCUACGGCGCGCCGGCGACGCCCUCAUCAAGCUACGGCGCCCCUGGCCGCGGCGGGUCGCGCCCUGGUCGACCCUCCAGCUCGUACGGCGCUCCCUCCCGCUCCGCCGCUAGGCCCUCCUCCCAGUACGGCGCCCCCCGCAGGUCUCUGUCUACCUCCUACGGCGCUCCCGGUGGCGGCUCCGGAGGCAGCCCGUCCAGUAGCUACGGUGCCCCGGCCCCGUCGUCUUCCUACGGCGCGCCGUCCACCCCGUCUUCUUCCUACGGCGCUCCCGGCGGCGGCAGCCCGUCCAGUAGCUACGGCGCUCCUUCCCCGUCGUCUUCCUACGGCGCACCAUCGACCCCGUCUUCCUCGUACGGCGCGCCCUCCACCCCGUCAUCCUCUUACGGUGCCCCGUCCAGCAACUACGGAGCUCCUUCCCCGUCGUCCUCGUACGGCGCACCCUCCAGUGGCGGACACGGCGGACACUCCGGCGGCGGACAUGGCGGACAAUCCGGCGGAGGCUACGCAGGCGGCAGCUACUCCAGCGGCGGCAACUCCAGGGGCGGUUACGCCGGAGGCAGCUACUCCAGCGGCGGGCACGGUGGACAAUCCGGCGGCGGCUAUGGGGGCGGCGCUGGAGGCCACGGAGGCGGCGCCGGGGGAUACGGCGAUGACGACGAGUCGAACGAGCCGGCGCGGUACGAGUUCUCGUACGAGGUGGACGCUCCCGACUACGGCACGCAGUUCGGCCACCAGGAGAACCGCGACGGCGACCUGACGCAGGGCUCGUACCACGUCCUCCUGCCCGACGGCCGCCUGCAGACCGUGGAGUACGUCGCGGACCAGGGCGGUUACCGGCCCACCGUGUCCUACCAGGGUGGUGACGGCGCUGACGGCGGCAAUGGCGGCGGCGGCGGCGGAUUCGGUGGUGCUGGCGGCAACGGCGCAGGAGGCUACGGCGGAGGCGGCCACGGGGGCGGCCACGGCGGCGGCCAUGGUGGCGACCAGGGCGGCUAUUAGUCGUUGCAACUUCAUACGGGACAACAGACGCCCCUGAUAACGGCCAGCAAACUUCGACAUCUACAGUUGUCACUUUCAGGCUCUCCGGAAAGUGACACACUUAUAGAAUAUUGUGAUCGCCUGUAACAGGCUUAGUUAGCGUAUGAGAGAUGCUCAAGGCUUCGGGAGCCACGUAGCCUCCACUCUUUAACAUUUGUACAUAACAUAAACCCCAUGUGUAUAUAAACUUGUGUUCACUUUCGUUGUAAAUUAUAUUUUUGCAUAACGGGAAAUAAAUAUUAUUUUAUACAAAAGCUA